AGAAAAAGGAGACCCGCCAACGUACGCGUCAAUGGUCCCUAAGCAGCGGUUCCCUCCGCAGAGGAAAAGAUCUUGACCAUUCAAAACGGCAUGCUGCUUCUCGGUAUGUCUGUGGUGCAAACGGUUCCGGCAGCAUUCGGCAAAGCGCUGCAUCAUUCAAUCGGCAAUCGUGCGGAGGACAACAGGUGUGUUUCACCUGGAGUUCGCCAAUCGAUUUGUUCUCCACUCUCCGUUUGGACUCAGAGAGCAUCACUCGGAGUGCUACUGUUUCGCACUCUCUCAAGUCGUGUCAGAAGGAACCCUGCAGCCCACUAAACUACUCUCGGCGUGUGCAGCAGGGACGCUGCAUUCCUUUCCCGUCUUCCAGAUUCGCCUUUUCGCUUCGAAACGUCUGUCAAAGUUCUUUCCGUAGCACAUUCGUUUGCGCUGCCUCACCAGUCGAGUCUAGCCCGUCGAAGCUGUGUUCGUUCCGCUUGUCAGAAUACACAGGCGCGUCUCGCGUUUCGGUGGCCUUUUUAUGUGUACGGUGGGAAGGCACUCCAUGUUUUUUUUUCAAAGUUUUUCCCCAUUAGGACCUUGUUCAAGCCAAUCACGUGUCACGUCCGUUCCAUAUGCGCUGCUUUUCCAUCCACAGUUCCAAGAAACACUCGACAUAGGUUUUAACGUGUGGCCAUUUCAAAAAUAGCUCGUCAAGCUCUCGUCCACUCGAACACUCGUGUUGGGGUUCGAAGACGACUUUUUGGCUCGGUGAGUUUAGUGAGAAAAGUCCCCCCGGUCUCGUUCCGAAGACGAAUUCAAGUUUGUCGAAGUCGGAGCAGGAACAUAGACAAGCGGGACCGGCCUGUCCGGCUCUUUUCGGCGAUGUGACCCCGGAAUGGACGUGACGAUACCUCGGUGGCAACGAUGGCUUCUGCGGACGGUGAAACGCGCAAGCGGCCCCCAGCACAUGCCCAGGCAUGUCGCCUUCAUCAUGGACGGCAACCGACGCUUUGCGCGUAGGAACAAGGAAGCCUCUGCAGUGGAAGGGCACCGUGCUGGGGCACACACACUGUCUGUUAUGUGCGAGAGUUGCUUAGAGCUGGGGAUUCAGUUUGUGACGGUGUACGCGUUCGCUCUGGGUAAUUUCCACCGACAGCCUGAAGAGGUCACUGGCCUUCUAAACCUGGCUGAAGAGAAGUUCGCCGACAAAGCAUGGAUCGAUGGCUUUUUCAAGCGACUGGGCAUCCGGCUGCGCUUCCUCGGAGACUUCUCCUAUCUUCCGCCUCGUCUGAGGAGUGCUCUAGCAACUGCAAGCCGGGAAACGGCAGACGCAUGCGGAGACCCGCGUGGUUUUGGCUGUCGGCUCCUGGUCACCGUCUGUGUGGCCUAUGGGUCAAGAAGAGAAAUCGCUCGUGCCCUUGCUGGCGAGGUUUCCAUGUUGCCAGAUGCUCCUGUUGAUCACGACCUUCCGGAGGCGAGGUGUACAUCUAUGUUUGUAUGUUCCGGUGCCGUACGAUGGCGCACAGCAGACACUGACGACUCUGGCCCAGGAUCGGUCGACACUUGUACAUCUCUCAAUGACAGUAAUGGAAUAAGCCAGCGCCGAACCCAUCGGGAUGACUCGUCCUCCAUUCCCUGCUGCGACGCUGUCCUCGAAGCACACCUCUCUGCUGGUGAGGCGUGUAGCACCUGGCACUCGACCCGAAAGCACGGCUGUUACUUAUGGAGAGCUCUUCAGAUCGAAGAUGUCCCUCCACCUGAUUUGCUUCUUCGCACUUCGGGCGAGAGGCGCCUCUCUGAUUUCCUUCUCUAUGAGACUUCGGAAACUACAGCGUUCCACUUUCUGAACGUCCUGUGGCCGGACCUUUCUUCCUUGCACUUGCUCGCAACAGUGGUCCACUUCCAGCUACAGAACCUUGUAAAACAUUACUGCAUGUGGGUUAGAUGCUUCCGGUUCUUCUAAUUCGCCUGUUCGCUGCCAUUUUGAAGCCUAGACCCGUACGCAGAGGAGGAGCUUUCCAUGUUAUUAGUUGUCAGUGAGCCCGACUGUAGAAACAAUUUUGUCAGUCAUCCGUGUUUACUCGCGCUCAAUCGCAGCACUCUCCGAAGCUCCGUCUGGCACUCCCGAGCCAGGCCGUAUCCGGGGGUAUCCAGUACCAUGACGAUAUGCAUGUUUUUCAAGGUAUCGAGGGGAAAUGCGUCAGAUGAUGGAAAUUGGUGCAGAACAUGCUGAAGUGAAUAUCUCACAAAAUCGAAGUACUGACACCGUUUUUUAUUGGUCGCUAAACUCUGUAUUGUCACCGGUUCGUUUCCAUCAUUCGGGAAAUGUCUUGCCGUAGGAGCAUCUGUUCAGUAGAACGCUCCUCGUUGGUCUCACCGCAGUUCCUUGCGCGAGAGGAAUGUGUUAAAUUGAAUGUGCACGAAGGUUUCAUCUCUCACGCACGAGCUUAACCACUCACACACAACGAGCGAGUCUUCAGGUAUAGCACAGACAUCCUUUGCUGUACCAUAGGUCAGCUACAAAGUCGAUGUGUUGACGUAACUGUAAAGUUGUCACUCUUCUCCACCAUUCGUGUUUAAGAACGGACGUUAACAAGAUCCUAUUCUGG